AACCCUGAAACAAACCCAAUUCCAAGUAUCACUUCUGCCAUCUUCUUCCCAUUCCCAUUAGCUUCUCUAAGCUUCAGUCUUGCCAUGGCUUUUGUUGCUACAGCAUCUGGUCACAUCUUUGGUAUAUUAGCCUUAAUUCUCUUGCUAGUAUGGCUGGUACAUUUCCGUGGUGGAAUCGAACUAGAUUCCGACAAUGCUGAACGCGUAUUCAAUGUACACCCAUUUCUUAUGUACUUUGGUUUCAUAUUUUUUGCUGGUGAAGCAAUUAUGGCCUACAAGACAAUACAUGCAGAGAGGAAGGUUCAGAAAUUUGCUCAUAUGUCUCUUCAUGUUGUCGCAUUCGUACUUGGGAUUAUCGGAAUCUAUGCCACCUUCAAGUAUCACAAGAAGCAAGGGAUAACAAAUAUGUAUAGCUUGCAUUCAUGGCUUGGCAUGGGAACCUUCAUCUUAUAUGGUUUGCAGUGGAUUUUUGGGUUCUUCAACUUCUGGAUUAGAGGAGUAGAUUCAUCAACAAGGAGGUCAUAUGCCCCUUGGCAUAUCUUUUUUGGUAGGGUCCUUCUAUACAUGGCAAUAUGCACAGCAGAGAGUGGGUUGAUGCAGUCAUCAACCCUCUUAGGGUUACAAAAGAGCAAUGAAUCUCGCCUUAUCAACUUCACUGGAUUGGCAAUUCUUCUCUUUGGCAUUGCUGUGGAUCUCACUGUUGCAUCUGUUCCAAAUGCUUAUUAAUUUAUUUCUUCUUCUUCUUCUUUCUCCCUUCCCUUACCCUUCAACCCUCAUUUGAAUGUGAUUUUUCAAUAAUUUUUACUUUUUUUUU